AUGGAUGGAAGAUGGAUUUUCAGAUCUUAUGGAUUAUAUAAAUCCAUAAGAUAUGAAAAUGCAUUAGCGGUUCCAAAUUCAUUGAAGAAUCAAUUUAAGUAUGUCCAUUCAUUAUACCGACGAUCUGAUGACUGCAACCUUUGUUACGGAGAAGACUGCCUACCUUUCGACCAGGCCAGGUGCGAUUACUAUUCCGAGGCUGAUACUCUUCUACCGAAGGGGGAAGAACCUGAAGGAUUUAUGGAUCUACAGCUUCGGAAUGAAGUUGAUAGCCUCAUGUAUGAUAUAGCAGAGAAAGUGAACCAGUCCCAGGAUCUUAAAUGUAUUCCGCACAUUUCGCAGUACACCGACUGCACAAAAGAAAAUGUAUGCCUCGGUUGCAAGACGUGCUCCUGUGAUAAAGACGGUUACUGGCAUUGUAAAACAUCCCAUUGUCACAUGCAGGCUUCAGCUAUCGAUGUUGACCACCGGGUCCUUAUAAUGACCAUAGAGAAUUUGAAUGCGAAUAUAAAGCUCAGCAGAGAAAAACGUUCAGCAACAGACAAUCCAUUUGAAAACAUAAAUGGGAGCACUCUAGAACAGUUAACGGAGUGGAUCUAUGGAGUCACGCCCAAUGAAGGCAACACUAAGUCACCAAACAAUGAAGAACUGGGCAUUAUAGACACUAACAUAGAACCGCUCAGUGUUGAACAACAAAACCUGCUCAAGUCAAAUACUAACGCAACACCUAAAAAUGAUAUUACAAGUACUACUACUGAAGCAGCCAUAACACCACAAUCAGAACACACAGCUAUUCCAACAGUACCUACUUUUGCUGUUACCACAGAUUCCGAAUACAUAGCAUUCGAUGAGGUACUAAGCAACAUAGGUAUUGAUUCAAAAAACUAUUCCCGAAGGAAGUCUCUGUUAGACUUUCUUCCUAAUUACAGUUCUGUGCUCUUCAACAAGACUACAGAAUUCGAUUAUAUGUUAUUGGAUGAUGAUAAAACAACAGAUACAGUUAAUAUAGACAUAGCGUCGGAAAUGCCUUACGUAGUCGACUUUGCAAAGCAAAGUGAUGCUACUGAACCCACGAUAGAUGAAGCUACAAAAGUCGUUAUCGAUUUGCUAGAUUCUGCUAAGAAAGCACAGCUUUUUAAUGAUACAGAUUAUGUUGAUAUGAGUCCCAAUAAAGAUAAUUUAGUUGGAGUUGGUUUUGACAACACCAAUGAUAUAUUUGAAUAUAAUCAAAUGAAUAUAAUGAAAAGAGAAGUAUCUGGCAUAACAGAAGCCACUAGAAGUAAUGAUACCUAUGCUACAGACAUAAGAGUUAUCACUAUUAACUAUACUGAAAAUCAAACACCACCAGCGAACCAAAAGAAUAAAAAUAGUUUAAAAAACAGCGUUCUGUUACCUUUGACCAAAUUAAUUAAUAGUAGAAGAAAUGAAUUAGAUGACCUUAUAAAGAUCAAAGUAAAUUUAAUCAGCUUUAUGAAUUAUUAUAAUGAAUCUCCGAUUGUCGAAAUAAUAGAUUAUCCCAAUAUAAGUGAUUCAAAUAUACUUCAUGACGUAGAAAUGUUUCCAGACAUGGGAUAUGAUUUGCGGAGAACUAAUCCUCAUGUCAUGCAGAAAUUCUUAUAUAAGCUCAAGGCAGAUAUUUAUGAGGUAAUAAAAGAUAUUAUAGGAUUGGAGAGAUAUAGAGAAGGCAAUUUACCUGACGACUUGAGUCUUUUAAUCCAUAGCUUAAAACGUUAUGCUUCUAAAUCCAAAUCUCAUAAAAAACACCAAAAAACUUCUAAAAACAACAAUAAACCGACCGUAAAUAACCGACGUAGUUUGAAUCCAAGUAACAACAAAUGCACGGAGUCAACAUUUAGACAAUGUAUUGUAGAAAUCCUUCAAGCCGUUGAUAAGGAUAUGCCAAAAACUAAUGCCUUGGGCUCGUUGUCUCCAACCAUGAGACGAAUAUUACGACAUGUAAUAGAAGCUUACAAUAACGGUGUGUAUGACACAAUAGGGCAUAAAGUACACGAUCCUAACUACAGCAUGACAAACGAUUUAAAAGACAUUGGGAGUAAUUGGCAGGAAAUAGCUAACAAUGCUAUUGGUAGCUCGCCUCACGAAACAAUGUAUAAAAUGAAACUUUUACACUACCUUAUGGAGAAAGACAUAAGUAAAAUAAAUGAUGCCCUAGCGGUGAUAGAUUUUGCUCGUAGCAGGAGAAUGAUACCAUUUUUUAAAAGUGUCAGUAACGACGUAUUUCAGCAGAUAAACAAAGGACUGAAAUCGGUACAUAACAAUGUAGAAGUAAUAGUACAAUACCACGCAAAAAAUCCAAGAACCCUCACGAACGAACUAAAGCAUGUCAUUGGCCAUAGACUCCAUGCUGAAGAUGUUUUGGAUUUAACAACAACGCCAGACAUUUCAGGCAAACACAAACACAAAAAAAUGUCUUUUAUAAAACAUAUACGCAACCUGUUGAAGUCUUCCAAAAAAGAUAUUUCUGAGCUUCUGCAUAGACAAGUGCCAAAAUCUGAAAUUGUGAAGCAACUAGCUAAACAAAAACUGAAUGAGAUAGCUCAGAAGAGGUACGAUGACUACGAAAAGACGAUGAAGACGUGGCAGAAAAAUUUAGGUCUUUUGCCGAUACGAUACAAAAGGGAUCUUCGUCCUGACCAAAUAUGGGGUCGCAUAAAAAAUAUCAUUCCAAAUUACUUGAGACACAAAGUUCAUCCUAAAAUUAAAAAUAAUAGGAAUUCAACAAAGAAGAAGAACAAGCACAAGAAAAAACGUGAGAAUCAUAAGAAACUCAAGAAAACGACUCUGACCACGGCCACCACUCCAAACACGAAGACUACUAGAAGAAGUAUAACUACGAGAAGAGCUUACAAAACGACGGGCACAACAGCGAAUGUUAAAAACAACAGAUCUGUAAACAAAAAUUAA